AUGUCUAGUAAAGGUAUCGCUGAAAGAAGACAAUGGUUUGAAACAUUACCCGACUCUGACGCUGAUGGACUGCGUACAUUAUGGGAGUAUAUGAAAAAGACAGGGAAUCAACCUAUCAUCCCUCAAGGAGAAAAACACACACUGACGCCUGAAACUGAUAUCGAACAGCCGAAUAAGAAACGGUCAUUGAAUCCAAAUCAGCCUCAAAUGACACUUCCUAUUCGCCAUGUGCAGCAUUCCCAGGGAAAUGAUGACUUCACAAGCUCGAAUACGAACAUUCCCUUUGCGAUUAAUCCCAACCCGAGUAAUUCGUAUGGAACUUCGAGCCAAGGAGGUCUGUACCCGCCCGCUACACCUGAAUCCCCCACUGUGUCACCCUUCCCUACUUACGUGGACACAAUGGACGAUAGAUCUUAUCCAGGUACUCCGAAUUUUCAGGGCAUGUCAGACCCGACGUACUCGUCACAGAUUUACUUACAAACCCCUGUUUCCGCGCAAGGGGGAUUCUUGUCGGUAGAUUGGACCGCGAAGAGUGGACGUACUGGCGUUUACGACAACAUGGAUACAAACAAUCCGAUGGGUUUGAACAGUCAAGUCAGAAGUACGUCAGACCCUACCAUACCGUACAUUUUUGGGCAAGAUGCUGUUCCCGAUUCUGGGUUCUCAAACUUCAACGAUAUGUCCAAUCUCGGUUCAACCUCCCUAUCGUUCGAUCCUGGGAAUGCGGCAAACUUUGCAGGUGUUAAUUCUCCCUACGGUCCUUCUUCCCCGUCAUCAUCGAUACAGGCACCGAGUAGUCACUCCUCGCAAGACAUCUCCACCAUGGCUGAUGAGUUGGCAAGACUGAAAUUAUCUGUUCAAACGUCCAUCAAUCAAAUGAAAGCUAGUCAUACUUUCGAGAUGGCCCACAUGCAAGAGCGGGUCACACUAUUAGAACGAGAACUCGACGCCUUGCAUCCAAGACGCAGAAGUGCCGGUCAAUCGACUAGAGCCAGAGUGGGAGAUGUACGUACAGGAAUGGAAAAUUUGAGACAAGAAUUAUCUCAAUUUCAGUCCGACACCGGUAAACAAGGGGGUUAUGACAACACCCCUACCAUCGCAGGAAAUAUGACGCGAGGUGGGGCAACCUGGGACGAGUUCGCGGAGACACUGGAUGCAGGUCCAGGUCAAUACUUUGGUGAAGAGGGAGUUCCCAGUGCAAUGGAGCAUCCGUGA